UGCGGAACUGAAGCGCCUGUUACACAUAUCAUACCGCGAUUUGCCAACAAUUUUGUUUUUAAAGCUUGAGCAGUGGGAGACAAUUGUUUGUUGAAAUGGAGAAAGUGUGUUUUCUGAUAUAUUCUGCUCUUCUUGUGCUUACUAGAGCCAUUUACGCAAAGAGUGAUGCUGCUCCCGUGAAAAACUUCAGUGGUUCCAGCUACAUUUUCUAUAGUAGCAAUGGUAACUGGUACAAUUGGGAAAAAAGCAGAACAAUAUGUGAACAGUCUGGAUAUAACCUUGUUUCUAUUGAGAGUCGUGAGGAAUGGAACUUCCUGAAUCAAACCAUCCAAAAAGAGAAUACCAUUGAAUACUUCAUAGGUUUGAGGAAAGAUACAUCAACUGGAGUGUGGAGAUGGUUAAGUGAUAACAGCACAGUCAAUGCGUCCAAUAGAGGAUACUGGCCCUGGGCAAAAGGAGAACCUAACGAGGGAAAUGGUAAAUCUAACUGCGCGCAAAUGUACAGAAAUUAUAGUAGUAACUUUGGACGCUAUAAUGAUGUCAGCUGUACUUCACCCUUAUCCCACGCAGGAUUCAUAUGUGAAUUCAAAGGUGGAGGAGAGAAAAAAUCUGCGAAGGCGACGGCGUCCACCAUAACAGGUAACUGUUGGCGUUGUAAUUGUUGAAGGCUUGACCUAUGGAAUGAAUACUACUUCGAAUUCCUAUUAGUACGCAAAACACCAACAAGCGCUCAAAUCUGCGUUA